GUCAAAACGUUUUGGCAUUUGCUUCGCAGAAUCGCAGUCAUUAGCAGAGUAGAGAGAGUCUCUCACUGACCAAACAAUCUAUGCUUCCAUGGCGGACUAUAUCCCAUAACCCACACUCCGAUUCAUAGUCUUCACCAUCUCCAUAUGGCCUUUCUCUUCCUUCUUCUCAGACCCCUCCUCCUACUCUCCCUCUUCCUUCUCCUCCCCUCAAUUUCUCAAUCCCAAGCCGCCUCAGGAUCCUCCGCCGGCGAAGAUUUCUCCGAGGAGUUGCUUCUCAGGCCACUGCCGGAUCGGAAAGUGCUCGCCCACUUCCACUUCCAGAGCCGAGCCCCUCAGUCCACCUCCAAUGGCCGCCACCACCAUCUCUUCCCCAAAGCCAUUUCUCAGCUGGUUCAUAAAUUUCAUGUUAAGGAAAUGGAGUUAUCUUUCACACAAGGUCGCUGGAAUUAUGAUCAGUGGGGUGGGUUUGAUCCUGUAUCAAGCAGCAAUGCCAAACCUCCGGGAGUUGAGUUGUGGGCUGUUUUUGAUGUCCCUCAUGAGCAGGUUGAUGCUUCCUGGAAAAAUUUGACCCAUGCUCUUUCAGGUCUCUUUUGUGCUUCAAUCAACUUUCUAGAAUCUUCUACAGCAUAUUCUGCUCCUGAUUGGGGUUAUCGCCCAGAUUCAGGCAACCUUAGGUAUGGUUCACUGCCCCGUGAGGCUGUUUGCACUGAGAACCUAACACCCUGGCUAAAGCUCCUUCCCUGUCGAGAUAAAGCUGGUCUCUCGACAUUAAUGGAUAGACCAUCUGUCUACAAGGGAUUUUAUCAUUCACAGCGAUUACGUUUGACAUCAAGUGACUCUGGAAUUGUCCUGGAACAAACACUCACAGUGGUUGUAAAACCUUCUAGUCAGAGAACUAUGGAGAUCUAUUCUCAUGAGACAAAAUUGCAACCCAGCUGGUCGUUGACUUCAAUUUUUGGAAGGAAGAUCAGUGGUAGAUGUGUUCUUGCCAAAUCUUCCAUUGUAUACCUUCAGCUAGAUGGAAGUCUAGUUGCUGAACUGGAUAGUUUGCAGAAAGAAAAUAAGAUAUCUAGUGCUGAUAAAUAUGUAUCUGAAGGUGCUAGGAGAAACGAUUGCUUUGAAGUAUCUGUUGACCCUGAUAGGGUGUUAAAAGAUUUUAAAGCUGUUGAAAAAAAGAAGCCAUCUGUUCUGUAUGAAUUUUCCAUUGACAAGUACAAUGAAUCUGGGCCUUUUGAUUUAGGCCUAACUUGGAAGGUUCCUGUAGCUUGGUCCUGUCAGAAAGCACCAUUACAUGUUAGUAGGUUCUUGAUGGGAAGUGGGAAUGAAAGGGGGGCUAUUGCAAUAUCUUUGAGAUCUACGGAAUUGACUGAUGAGAUGUUGCAUGCUGACACGAGUGGAGGCAAGUGCAAAUUGGAAGUGAAAGUUUUCCAAGUUGUACCCUGGUAUAUCAAGGUUUACUUUCAUACACUGCAAGUAUUUGUUAAUGAACAACCUCGAGCAGUUUCAGAUGUUGUUGAAAAGAUGCGUGUUUCUCCCUCUGUAGACAAGUUAUCGCCUGGGGUUAUGGAGAUGCUUUUGAAAUUCCCCUGUGAAAUGAAAUCGGCUGCACUUACUUUAGACUAUGAUAAGGGGUUUUUGCAUAUUGAUGAAUAUCCUCCAGAUGCCAAUCAGGGGUUUGAUAUUCCAUCAGCCAUAAUAAGCUUUCCCAACUUCCGUGCAAGUAUGCAGUUCUUGAAAGGUGAUUCUUCGGAUAAGUCUGCCAUCUUAUCAAAAUUUGAGGAAAAUAGUGCAAUUCUGGCAUACACAGAAGUACUGCUUGUACCGUUGACAACUCCGGAUUUUAGCAUGCCAUACAAUGUUAUCACCAUUACAUGUACUGUAUGUGCUUUGUAUUUUGGCUCUCUGCUUAAUGUACUUCGAAGACGAAUUGGUGAGGAGGAAAGAUUGGAGAAGAAAGAGAAGGAGCAUGGUCUGCUUCGUCAGCUGCUAUUUAAACUCUAUGCCAAGAUCACUGGAAGACCAUUGGAGCCGGUUGAGUCAACCUCCACUUCAUCAUCCACCAGCCUUUUAAAGCUAGGAUUCAUCAUACUAGUGGCCGGUAUUGCUGUAAUUUGGCAAGUUUAUUAUGGUUAAUCAGUCUACUGCACUGUACAAUAGGUGCCAGUUAGGUCCUUUACUGUACUAUAUCAUCUUCCAAAUUACGGACCCCUAAUUAUGCGAGGGGCAGAACUUGGGUUCAAAACCUUGAAUACUAUCCCUUAGGUUCCCCCAGUUGUAUCUGCUGAUGUUGACAUGAGACUAAACACUAACUUAUUAGGCUUGGGAAAGCUGUGAUUGCUUGUGGCAACCAAUUAUGCGAGGGUCCUGUAACUUAGAGUGAUCAGGUUUUGCAGUGUAGGAGAUGUUCAAUGUAGGAGCCAAAGUGUGUUCAAUCAGGUUUUGCAUCUAUGUCCAUAGCUGUUCAAUAUCAUAACUUUAGCUUGUCUUCUCUUUUUAGUAAUCUUGUUUUCUGUAGUUGAAUAUUUUUAGACAGUUUUGUUCAGCUCAAUUUGAGGGACUA